GUCCUUCCUUGCGAUCUCCCAUAAGAACAAGCAUCUCAACAGCAAGCACAUCCCUGGGAGGCAUCUCUCUGUGUCCAAGGGAGAUGGCGUUCUGUCUGCAUCAGCGUCGCCUGGACGCAUCUUCUUCCCUUGAGAGGACACAAAUUGCAUCAAUCUAUCUACCUUUGAGUUGCUUUAAGCCUUCAUUGCAGCAACGUCCUAUCAGAAAGGAAAAAUUAAAGUGUCAACGCCGAAAUAUAUGCAUUUUGAGCGCAGUUGCAACAGGACCCGGUGAUGGUUCAGGUGAUUCUGAAGAAAUGGAAAAGGCACGUCUGCGGCUGAGCAGGACGUUUGAGACGCCUAGCAUAUCUGGUCAGGAGCUGCGGGAUCUGAUUGUGGAAAAAUGGGGCCGAUCAUAUGACACACGUCUCCACAAGCGCGGCCAAAGGAUGUACCUGCAAAUCAUGUGGAAGUUUUUGGAGCAGCGCAGCUUUCACCUGAACGAGAAUGAGUACCAGGCGCAGCUGGACGCUGUGGCAGAGUAUCUCACGCUGUGGAGGGUGGGCCCCACUGUGCGCGCAGCCAUCAGGUCAGCCCCGCCGCGAGGCCCAGGCUACACUGGCGGAGGGGGUGCACGAGCGGUAAGCAUCCCGCUGGAUGUGCAAGUGGACGGUGCCCGCAGUGGGGAGUGGGACAGCUUUUGACCAGAUGCAGCAAUGCGGCAAAUUUGAGACUACUGUAGACGUUCAGAGUGUAACGAGCAGAUUGCAUUUUUUGAGAGUGGAGAUCUGUCCGAAAGAAUACCUGUAGCUUGUCCUUGCCAAAAGGAAGAUCGCAGUGUACAUUAAAGGAAAGUUUGAGCUAGAAGUGGUUCUGAGCAGACCAAUUCCCAGUGAGUGACGGCCCCUCAAAGUUUAAAAGUUGCCCUGGUGCAGCACAAAUCACAUUUGAACGCCAGACUGUGCCAUAGAUUGCUUAUAUUGCACUUGAAUAGCUGGACAACAACUAUGAAAGUAGCGUGCGCGUGUGAGCAGCUUACGCUAUCAAUCGGUAAUGAUGGAGUUUUCAUGUUGAGUUGAUGGCCCACGGGCAUGCCGGCGGCAAGAUGCUGCAUCUAUUGGAUGGCGUCAGGUGGCGGCCACUGGCAGUCAUUCGCCCGGUGCGGCGGCAGCGGCGACCGCUGCGGCAGUACUAAUGUUUUUGCAACCGUUGUGACAAGUAAGGGAAUAAUCGUGUGAC